CAGAGCUCCAGCAUAAUUUCUGUUUUUUUUGUAAUAAAAAGUUUGAGUAGGUUCGGUUUCAGUUACCACCAUGAAUCAGGAUAACAAUCUUUUGUGACAAACCGUUCUUCCUCCAAGUUGCGUUGAGCCAGUUGGCAUCUGUGUUUGCUUGGGUACCAUGUAUGGUUGCCUGCGGCCUCUACAAACAGUCAAUUCUCUAGUACGUGUAUAUAUGGUCAUUCCCUUGUACAAAAUUUCGUUUCAACAUUUCUUUGUAUUCCAUAGAAUGAUUACUUGGUCAUCUACUGAAUGAGAAUACUACACGGAAAGAAGAAGAAGAAUCUCCAAAUUAUCUUAUCUACCAGAAAUGAAGAAUUCUCCUGUAGAGUCAACGUCAUCAUCGUCGUCUCCAGCUGAUAAUCUUCUUCUGGAAGACUUCGGGCAGAAGGUGGAUCUGACCCGCAGAAUUCGCGAGGUUUUGUUGAAUUACCCGGAGGGAACGACGGUGUUGAAGGAACUUAUACAGAACGCCGACGAUGCCGGAGCUACUAAGGUCUCUUUGUGCCUCGAUCGCCGUUCGCACGGCACCCAAUCCUUGCUCUCGGAUAAGCUUGCGCAGUGGCAGGGCCCUGCAUUGCUUGCUUACAACGACGCCGUUUUCUCCGAGGAUGAUUUUGUUAGUAUUUCCAGGAUUGGGGGGAGUUCUAAACAUGGACAGGCUUGGAAAACUGGUCGCUUUGGGGUUGGCUUCAAUUCGGUGUACCAUCUCACUGACUUGCCCUCUUUUAUAAGUGGCAAAUAUGUGGUAAUAUUUGAUCCUCAAGGAGUUUACCUCCCAAAUAUCUCCGCUGCAAAUCCUGGAAAGAGAAUUGAGUUUGUUAGUUCUUCAGCCAUCUUCAUGUACAAAGACCAGUUUUCUCCAUAUUGUGGUUAUGGUUGCGAUAUGAAAAACCCUUUCCAUGGAACUUUUUUUCGUUUCCCUUUGAGAAAUGCUGAUCAGGCAGCCAAUAGUAAGCUCUCCAAGCAAUCAUACAGUGAAGAUGACAUCAGUUUGAUGUUUGAUCAACUAUAUGAGGAAGGAGUCUUCUCACUACUUUUUCUUAAAAGUAUACUGUCAAUAGAAAUGUGUGUUUGGGAUGAUGACAUGCCUGAGCCUAGGAAGAUAUAUUCUUGCUCCAUCAACUCAGUGACAAAAGAUAUAAUUUGGCACCGCCAGGCACUACUGAGACUGUCAAAUCCAACAGACUCCCACGACUCAAAUGGAUGCAUUUUCACUGGAGUUCUUAAGUGA